CGGUCGAGUUUGACGAGUAAAACAUUUAAUGAGUUGGUAAUGAGGUGAUUUUGUGCUUUGUGCGGGUGAUCUUUCUUAUUUUAUGAUGGAAAAAGUGAAAUAAACAUUUCUAAAUCUGGUUAAUGACAUUGAAGUGUUUUAAUUUUAAUAUUUUUAUAUUUAUACUAAAACCAUAUUGUUAGAAAAUGAUAACAAAAAUGCAACCUCAAGCCAAUGUUGCCGUGCCACAAUCUGUCACAACGCAGCCUCAACAAAUAGUUGGCGUUGGCGUGCCUGCUAAUGCUGUAAUCCUGAAAAUGUCUGAUAUUCAGCAAAUAUCAACCGUAGGUCUAUUGGAGCUUGCGCAUCGCGAGUAUCAGGCUGGUGACUAUGACAGUGCUGAACAGCAUUGUAUGCAGCUGUGGCGACAAGAUGGCACCAACACAGGAGUGUUACUGUUGCUGUCAUCCAUCCACUUCCAGUGCCGUCGACUGGACAGAUCAGCACAUUUCUCUACCCUAGCUAUCAAACAGAACCCAUUGUUGGCAGAAGCUUACAGCAACCUCGGUAAUGUAUACAAGGAGCGUGGCCAGUUGCAAGAGGCCCUCGAGAACUAUAGACAUGCUGUGAGGCUAAAGCCAGACUUCAUCGAUGGAUACAUCAACCUGGCUGCGGCGCUGGUGGCCGCCGGCGACAUGGAGCAAGCCGUGCAGGCAUACGUCACUGCGCUUCAGUAUAACCCUGAUCUUUACUGCGUCAGGAGCGAUUUGGGUAAUUUGCUCAAGGCUCUUGGACGUUUGGACGAGGCAAAGGUGUUGUCUGGUAAGACAGUAGGUGUGACGGUUGGUACCCCAGUCGCUAGCUGCCGCGAUGCUGCCGUGCCCGCCGCAGGCUUGUUACUUGAAGGCAAUCGAAACGAGGCCAGACUUUGCAGUGGCAUGGAGUAACUUGGGAUGCGUAUUUAACGCACAAAGCGAAAUUUGGUUGGCCAUUCAUCAUUUUGAGAAGGCUGUGGCCUUGGAUCCGAAUUUCUUGGAUGCCUACAUCAAUCUUGGAAACGUUCUCAAGGAAGCGAGGAUUUUUGACAGGGCUGUAGCAGCUUAUCUACGCGCUUUGAAUUUGUCUCCGAACAACGCUGUCGUACACGGAAACUUGGCCUGCGUGUACUAUGAACAAGGAUUAAUUGACUUGGCCAUCGACACAUACAGGAGGGCCAUAGAGUUGCAACCGAACUUCCCCGAUGCUUACUGUAACUUGGCUAACGCGUUGAAAGAAAAAGGCCAAGUGGCCGAUGCCGAAGAAUGUUAUAACACUGCCCUGCGCCUUUGUCCGUCACACGCGGAUUCCCUCAACAAUUUGGCGAAUAUUAAGCGUGAACAGGGCUUUAUAGAAGAAGCGACGCGACUGUAUCUCAAGGCUUUAGAAGUAUUCCCCGAGUUUGCAGCCGCUCAUAGCAAUUUAGCCUCUGUAUUACAGCAACAAGGCAAGCUCAAUGAAGCCCUCAUGCAUUAUAAAGAAGCUAUUCGCAUCCAGCCGACCUUCGCGGAUGCCUACAGCAACAUGGGCAAUACACUCAAAGAAAUGCAAGAUGUAGCCGGAGCGCUACAGUGCUACACCCGCGCUAUACAGAUCAACCCGGCGUUCGCCGACGCUCACAGCAAUCUCGCUAGUAUUCACAAGGACUCUGGGAAUAUUCCAGAAGCGAUCCAAUCUUACAGGACGGCUCUGAAACUAAAACCAGACUUCCCGGACGCUUAUUGCAACUUGGCUCAUUGUUUGCAAAUAGUUUGCGACUGGACAGAUUAUGAAGCUCGCAUGAAGAAGUUGGUGAGCAUUGUUGCAGAACAAUUGGACAAGAACAGAUUGCCAUCAGUCCACCCUCACCACUCAAUGUUGUAUCCCUUGACUCACGAGUUCAGAAAGGCAAUAGCCGCCCGACAUGCUAAUCUUUGCUUGGAGAAGGUGCAAGUGCUUCACAAACCUCCGUACAAGUUCCCGCGGGAUUUGAACGGCCGUCUCCGAAUUGGAUACGUGAGCAGUGAUUUCGGAAAUCAUCCCACAUCGCACUUGAUGCAGUCAGUUCCUGGACUACACGACCGCACUAAAGUUGAGAUCUUCUGUUACGCCCUGAGUCCGGACGACGGCACGACUUUCCGAUCGAAAAUCGCGCGCGAAGCCGAGCAUUUCAUAGACUUAUCUCAGAUGCCUUGCAACGGUAAAGCUGCAGACAAAAUAUACGGAGACGGCAUUCAUAUUUUGGUGAACAUGAAUGGAUAUACUAAAGGCGCUCGGAAUGAAAUAUUUGCUUUACGGCCGGCGCCAGUGCAAGUCAUGUGGCUUGGAUAUCCGGGAACGAGUGGAGCUAGUUACAUGGAUUACUUGGUCACUGAUGCUGUGACGUCACCAGUGGAAUUGGCGAGCCAGUACAGUGAGAAAUUAGCGUAUAUGCCUCAUACAUACUUCGUUGGAGACCAUAAGCAAAUGUUCCCGCAUUUGCAAGAGCGUUUGAUUCUGAGCGACAAGGUGAAGUCUCAUAACAACUUGGGAAGCCUCGCGGACAAUGUGGCAGUCAUCAAUGCGACAGAUUUGUCGCCGUUGGUCGAGAACACGGACAUCAAAGAGAUCAAAGAGGUGGUGAGAGCCGCCCGCCCCGUCGAGAUAUCAUUGAAAGUUGCUGAAUUACCUACCACUACACCUAUUGAGACUAUGAUUGCUUCCGGACAAGUACAGACAUCAGUAAACGGAGUAAUUCUACAAAACGGCCUAGCGACAACUCAAACCAAUAACAAAGCAGCGACAGGCGAGGAAGUGCCACAGUCUAUCGUGAUCACCACCCGUCAACAAUACGGGCUUCCCGACGAUGCUGUAGUAUACUGCAAUUUCAACCAGCUGUACAAAAUUGACCCAUUGACCUUGCACAUGUGGGUUUAUAUACUGAAACAUGUGCCAAAUAGUGUUCUCUGGUUGCUAAGAUUCCCGGCAGUUGGCGAACCCAAUAUUCAGUCUACGGCACAGCAAUUAGGUCUGCCGCCCGGCCGCAUAAUCUUCUCGAACGUGGCGGCCAAAGAGGAGCACGUGAGACGCGGACAACUGGCGGACGUGUGCCUGGACACGCCGCUGUGUAACGGACACACCACCAGCAUGGACAUCCUGUGGACCGGCACGCCCGUCGUCACGCUGCCUGGAGAGACGCUCGCUUCACGUGUGGCUGCCUCUCAACUCAACACGCUUGGAUGUCCGGAAUUGAUUGCAAGAACGAGACAGGAAUACCAAGAUAUAGCUGUAAGAUUAGGAACUGAUAGAGAAUAUUUAAAAGCAAUCCGCGCAAAAGUGUGGACAGCGCGUACAGAGAGCCCCCUGUUCGACUGCAAGGCGUACGCGACCGGCCUCGAGAUGUUGUACGCCAAGAUGUGGGCGCGACACGCGCGCGGCGACCGCCCAGACCACUUGCAGGCCCUCGACAAGUAGGCACCACUGGACACCCUUGUGAUGUGACGUGAUGUGAUGUCUAGUGUUGUACGAGAUCCGCAGUGUAGUGUUUGACCGAAACUAUGGAAUCGUGAUUGAGUGAAAAAAAGAUAAACUUGUUUCUAUUGAUAUAAAAAAAUUGACGGGUUGAUAGUAAGUUGAAUUAUUGGCUGAAACAGAAGCUGAAUAUUCGGUCUGAUACUAUCACAAUGGGAAGACAACAACGCAUCAGUUGGUGUGACGACAUCACUUGUUGUAGUGUUGUGAAUUGCUGAUCAAACAUCAGUGCUAUAAUGUACUGGAUAUAGUUGCUGCAGUUGAAUAGUUUGAUGACAUUUAAAUUGUAUGCUGUACUUAGAAAGGGGCUGUUGGUUAGGUUCAACUAUAGAGUGAAGAAGUUACAUCUUCAAAUAUCACCGAUUUUUUACUGUUUGUAAUAUUAUAGCCUCUGUUCUAAGAAUAUGUACUAAAUGCAUUACUUUAACUGUAAGUAAAAUAUGUAAGGUAUGUAAUUCAGAUUUCUGUGUGAUAUAUAGACAUCUAUCUUUUAAAUAAAUAAAGCAUAUUAUAAUUUGUUUAGGUACAGGUGUUUGAUCAGCAAUUAAGAGUAUGCUAAUUAAGUUUGGUUUUCCAUGUAUUUCAAAGAUGGAAAUUGUUGACACAAACAAAUAUGGGAACUUUUUAGACUUAAGUUUAUCUAUCUAUGGAAUAGUAUGUUUAACAAAUGUUUACAGACUUCAUACCAAUGUAGUAUUCAUUAUUGGACACCCUCCGAGAUGUCAUUAAAUAAAAGCAGUAAUAAAGGACAAUUAAACUUAAUGAUAUCUUCGAGUGUAGCAGUUAAACAGUUUUCUAGUCGAUGCUAACAAUAUUAAAUAUCUCCUUGUUCUAUAGGCUUGUUAUCUUCUGUCUUAUAUUAAUGUUGAUAAGAGGAUUACAUAUAUUUUUGAAGCAAUAAAGUAAUAGACAUGCUAAUUAGUAUUGGGGCCUUGAUUAGUACUUACAUAUUUGCUACAAAUUGUUUCUGCUAUCAAAAUCAAGAGUUUAGUUAAGUUUUUUCUUCAAGAGUUAUAGAAUAAUCCAGUGUUUCAAUAGUGAGUUUGAUAUUGUUAACUAUGUUGUUAACAUAAAAAGAAACAAAUGUUGCUAUCGAUUAUGAUUGCCAAAUGAAUAGUGUUAUAAAAGAUGUUACAUUGUGUAUAACUCUGCCAGUGAAGUCCAGAGCGAAUUUAAGACUGAAAUUCUGGAUCACCCCAACUAAUAACAAUUAGGUUGAUUAAUUAGUUCAAUUUAAGUUAUUUAGUCACUGACAGCACAAGUUAACAAGAGCCACAGAUAAUACCUACAAAGUUCGUAGUACAAAGUAUAUUACAGUGUAGGGAUCAGGCACAUAGACAACAAAAUAUAGUUCCAAUAAUAAUACUUGAUCUAGAACAAAGUAUUUGAAAUGCCAUUUAUGUGCCUAUUUGUAGUUAUGAUUUUACCCACGCGCCAAAAGCAACACGAACCUUGUAAGAAUUUUUAUUAAAUUGCUCUGGGCAUCUGUGCUGUCGGUGAGACAUAGAUAUACGAGUAUAUUUUUAGAGACUUGUGAUAGUACGGUAAUUUAUGGCUAUGCUGAAUUGGUAUUUAAUAGAUAUUAUUUUGUAAACUAUACCCAGCGAUUCUCAUUUAAGCCAUAAGCUUCACGUCCAAUAAAAUUUUAAAUCUUUUUGUAUAUAAGUAUAAUGCUUAUUUAAUUAUUUUGUAAAUAAUCGUGACAAUGAAAUAGGUAGUUAUUUUUUUGCUUGACUGUAUCGCUUGGAUUUUAAGUCCGCAUAAUUUAAGAAUGAUUUAUUAUUACACUAAAUAUCAACAAGUUAUGUAAUCUUUCUUGUACACUUGAUAGUAUGAAUUGAGUUUAUAACUUGCAUAAAUGAGUAUUCCAGUUAUAAAUUUCUUUGUCCAAUAUAGUAAUUGCUAUUUAUUUCAUCUCUUACUGUCUAAUAUUGCUCUUUCGUAAUGUUAUAAAAAAUGAAGAAGAUAGCAUUGGACAAAUAAUUGGAUGAGUGGAAUACCGCCCUAAAAUAUGUAAUACGGUUAUCCAAUAAAAUAUAGGCAAGUAAGGAUAUUACUAAAACUAUUACAGUUGAUUUGGUUUUUUGUUAAGUGAUUAAAACUGUAAAUAUGUUCGUAAGUUUAAGUACGGAAUAAGCAAUUAAAGCAAAAAUAGAAA